AUGGGUGAUUACGAGAAUGUACUGCUCGUGAAGCCAAAAGUGUUCGUUUACCGAAUCCCACCAAUUGGAACCGGCGGUCACAAGGCUGCUGACUGGAAUCUCGAUGCCCCAGCAUGGACAGGAAGGAUGCGUCUCGUAGCAAUAGGAAAGCGUUUGGAAAUGCGGUUAGAAGACGGAGAGACUUGUGAUCUUUAUGCCAAAUGUCCAAUUGAUGCGCACCCAGGAAAUGCUGUCGAAGCGGUCAAUGAUAGUUCAAGAUAUUUUGUGAUUCGUUUGCAGAACGACAACGGACAACAAGCUUUCGUAGGGUGCGGAUUUCAGGAGCGUGGUGACGCCUUCGAUUUCAAUGUGACGCUUCAAGAUCACUUCCGAUACAUUGAACGGAGCGCUGAGUUGGAGAAACAAGACCUCACAGCCGGACCGAGCCUUGAUUUGGCUUUCAAAGAGGGACAAACUAUUUCUAUCAAUAUCGGGAAAAGAGACAAAAACGCGGUGUCUCGACCUCGUCCAGCUGCAGCAGCCACUGGUGGCCUUGUCCCACUACUUCCACCACCGCCAGGUGCCGGAACAGUGAUUCGAAACUCGCGACCGACUGGCUCUUCCACCGCGGCCGCCGCCACCGCCGCACCCACUUCGUCUCCAUUCCCAUCAGAUCCAUUCGGUCCGCCCAGUUCAAAUUCCAGCAAUAACGCAGGAAAUUUGCUAGACUUCUAA